AUGCCCCAAACCAGAAGCAAGACACCACGCAUUACAGACGACACGGAGCUCGACCAAGCCUUGGCUCUCUUCGUCCACACCGCGAGAAGCUCCAUCUGCGAAGCCUGGAACAAGCUCACCCAAGCCUACAUCAAGGCCUACGACGCGCGCAGGGAUACGCUGUCCCCGUUCCCCGAGUGGAUUGAGCGCUGUACCUCGGACGCCAGCCUGGUCCGCUUCGCGGUCGAGUCCACAUACAAGGCGCACUGGGAAAAGCAGGUCAAGACAAAUCGGAACGAGGCUGCCUACAGGACUCGCGCCGCUUCCCAGCUCGGGUUGAAGAGCCCUUUCGACCUCUAUCUCUGGUACGGUCCUGUCACAGUGGCCUCACGCAACUGCUGGCAAGACAUUCCCAAGGGCGUGACCAAACACCAGCUGCACAACCGUCUACUGGCGCAACGGGCCGAAUCGGACAGCGGCGAGUGUGAGCUACAAACGCCCUUCACUGUGAAGGAGUUCACCGCGGCCAAAAGAUCUCUACAGCCAGAUUCUCGCAGACAGGCUCUCGCGUCAAUCCAAACGAUCCAGGCCACAUCACACGGCACCGUCUCAGGUGGCAAGGAGUCUGCCACAACCGUCACGGGCGUCAAUAAAUUCCACAAGCAACGCCUUCCGAUGACCAAGAAUCCUCGAGAAAACCUCGCAGCCUCUCAAACAAUCCCUCCGAGAGCCGUCAUUCCGAGAGCCGUCAUUUCGAGAGCCAUCGCUUCCUGUCGUCAGAGUCCAGCUAGGCCGUCUUCGACGACUCACGCACAGGUGACCGCCACCGUGGUUUCGGGUGCUUCAGAGAAGCAGGCUGUCAGCAAAAACGUCGUCCAGGGGGCAGGCAGCGAACGCCAAGACGACACCGAAGACACCCCAAUAGACAUGGCCAACGACGGCGCAAGCGUCUAUGACGAUAGCGGCAUUGACAUGUCCAACCCUGACGGCGAACUGGCCACAAUAAGUGACAAAGAUUGCCACAACAGGUCCGACAACAUGGCGACCGCCGACAAACGCAGCCAAUCGGAACCUGGGCCGGCGCAGACGAAUCUGGUCUUGCUGAGAGACGCACUCGGAACCGACCAUAUUCAGCAAAUACUGGAAAACAUCAAAACACAAGGCGUCUACCAAUCCGUCGCCAAGGACCAGCGAGAACAAGCGCAGAAUCGCGAGACGGUGCUCAGUAAGGAGUACGAUGAGACGUCGGGAGCUCGCAAGCAGGCGCUGAGGGAUCGGGCCGGGGACCUCGACGACCCGGAGGCGUGGGGCCAGAGCGCCAUGGAGGAAACAGACACGGCUUUCAAAGAAAGAAUGGAGACAAUCGAGCGUGGCAUCCUGGAGACUACCAGGAAGAGGCGGCUGGCGGACAGGGGCCUGGAAGCCGAUAGUGCCAAACGAGCGAGACUCGACAGGGCGGCGCAAGACGUCGUCGAGGCAAUGGCGAAGUUGAAGAAAGUCGCGGAGGAGGAGAUGCCCAGUCUGGCCGGUCGGAAGUAA